CGCGACUCGCGACUAAGUGACCGCACCUACCUACCCACAACAAAUAAAAAAUGAUUAAAAUAUGUUCGUUAAAUCUGUUAUUGUUUGUGACUAUCGGUAUAUGCAAAUAUAGUGUUUAUGCAAGAAAGCACGAGAAAUUAAAGGAAGUCUUUUCGUGGAAACAGAUCGGAUACAAAAUAAACGGGUAUUCGUAUAGAAACAGCAGUGAUUAUGAAUAUAAACCCCACGCGGUAUACUUUGAAGAGGACCUGGAAGAGCGAGAGAGGUUCUUCAUACAACCCAAUAAUGUGCCCAUAGGGUUUGAAGUGUACAAUGAGAAGAUAUUUGUGACUGUACCUAGGAGAAGAUAUGGAAUACCCUCGACGUUGAACUACGUGACCAGGGGAGAGAAGUCUCCCUACCUGAAGCCGUACCCUGACAUGAUGAGGAGCAGGCAUCUGUUCUCGGUGUACAGGCCCAGGGUGGACGUUUGUGAUCGACUGUGGAUGGUAGACACGGGACAUCUAGAAGUACCUAAUGACAGAAGGCAAAUACAGCCGCCGUCCAUCGUGAUCUUUGACUUGAAGACCGACACCCAAAUACAUAAACACGUACUUGAUCCUUCUGUACUUGUCAGCAAUAGAACUUCAGCGGGUCUAACAUCAAUAACAGUGGACGUAGACCCGCACAAAUGCGACGAUGCCUACGCUUACAUCAACGACCUGGCCACCGAGGGUCUGGUGGUAUACUCGCUGAAGGAGGACAGGAGCUGGAGACUGGAGCACCCGAGCUUCAGACACAAUGAUGCUGCUAUGAAUUUUACUGCUGCAGGGCACGUCAUAAACUGGAGGGACGGCUUAUUCAGCGUAGCGUUGGCUCGCCGUUUAGGAAACACACUGGCUUACUAUCAUCCCUUAGUAUCGACGCAAGAAUUCGCAAUCAGCACCAAUAAACUUAAAACUGGAGGACCUUUAGACGAACUCAAUCCGGUAAGUACCUAAAACCAUUUUCUAGAAGAGGUUAGAUAUUACACAGCUUAGGAUGUGCCUUGAGGGAAAGGGAAUAUUCCCAAUAUACCCGGUAACAUUACCGAUGUAUCCGGUAAUAUUCCAGAAACGAAAUGUCUAGGAUUUUUUCCCCGAUUAUAUUUCAUGUGUACCAAUGUAUUGGGUAAAAGAAAAGCAUAUGUUCAAGUAAAAGCAAAUGUUUUGGUAAUGUUACCGAGAUUUUCUCAAGUAGUGGUAAUAUUCCUAUUAUUUCCCGGAUCUUUUUAUUUUUUCUCGUUAGUUACCGAUUAGUAAAUUAUGGGAUUUUGUAAGAUACAUUCACCAUAUGCUUUUUCAACAUACAGUACAAUACAAUACAAAAACUCUUUAUUGUACACCACUAAAAACAUUGAACAUUAAGCACAAUACCAUCUAGUACAAGUGAUGCAAUGGGCGGCCUUAUCGCUUAAAGCGAUCUCUUCCAGGCAACAUAAUGCUGAUGUGUGUAUCUAUCAAUGUAUGUUUAAUCGUUAUGUACCUACCUAUUCAUAAGUUGUCAAUAUUUCUCAAUCUUUAGAUGAUUCUGGUCCAAGAAAUUGGAGAGACAUUAUGUCUUAUUUUAAAACAUUAUAGUGAUACAUACAA